AAUGGAAAAUAUCGAACGUUAUCUAAAGAAUAUCUUAACGAAUUUGAAUUCACUCCGAUAGUUGAAAAAUACAACCCUCAGCAGCAGAAGAAACAGGUGUCCGAUUUUUUGGUCCGGCCGUUUUUUGACACAUCUGUAUCGUCCAACAUCACCACGCAACUAGGUGGCCACGCGUACAUGCCAUGCAGGGUGAAGCAGCUCGGUAACAAAUCGGUGUCAUGGAUACGGCGGCGGGAUUCACACAUACUCACUAUCGAUUGGCUGUUGUUCAUCGCCGACGAUAGGUUCCGAAUAUUUCUGGUUGAGCCUACGUGUACGUGGACGUUGCAGAUAAAAUAUGUGCAGCCCAGAGAUGCUGGCAUUUACGAAUGUCAAAUAAAUACAUCACCUAAAAUGAGCCAUUUGGUUCAGCUCAAUGUCGUUGUGCCAAAGAUCGAGAUAAUGGGUGAGUCAGAUAUCCACGUGAUGGAGGGCAGCUCGGUGAACCUGAAGUGCGUGAUUCGGCAGAGCGUCCGGGACCCGGACUACAUAUUCUGGUACCAGAACAACAAGCGGGUGCUGGACUACGGCAAGGGCGCCAAGGUUAUCAGCAGCGAACGAAUUGACGCCAACACGAUGGUGGCCACUUUGACUAUCAACAACGCGGUGUUGCACGACUCGGGCAACUACACGUGUCAGCCGUCAAACUUAGACUCGGCCAGCGCGUACCUGCACGUCUUGAACGGCGAACAUCCGGCCGCCAUACAGCGGGGACACAGUUCCGGCACACAGAUACCCAUCCGCCUCUUGGGACCCCUCUCGGCCGUGUUGGGACUCAGCUCCAGCCAUUCGACGAGAGCAGCCCUGCUGACGACCGCGUUCGCCGUCGACCUGGCCAUCCGGACAGUGUACUCGAUGAUCGUCUAAACGGAUGAUAUCGCGCGGGACCCGAUCGUGAGAUGCCUGUGGUACAGCAACCACCACCUCCGAACCGACCGAACACGACUUACAUACCAAAUAAUAUUAUUUAAUAAUAAAAAAAUACAAAUACCACCCCUGCGAAAAAUAAUAUACACCGUCGCCGACGGAAAAACCACGUUCGAGGACAUACAGAUAAGUGCAUUGACGUGCGCAUAAUUAUAAUAUGUUACCGAAAUACAUUCUUCGCCAUACCAUCGAUAUAGCGUAAAGUCUAAUAAUAUAAUUGUUUUCACUACUACAUAUAUUUAUUAAAAUUAUUAAUAUUAAUAUCGUGUUAAUACCAUGAGAUAGUGACGAGUCGGUGUACAUAUUACAAUUCGAACCACGAGUGUCCGUCAGCGACGCGUUCUUUUCCGAACGUGUACAGUUUUUUACGUGUGUUUACUAUAUAUAUUAUAACUAUCAUUAUUAUUAUUAUUAUUAUUAUUAUUAUUACUA